UCUCUGUCUUCCUCCGAUCCACCCAACCAACCAAGCGCCCGCCGGCCUCGUCGCGCGCCGCCCCUCCACCGCCCGUCUCCAAUGCCACCGCCGCCGCAGCCGCAGCCGCCGCCGCCGUCGUCCGCGUAGGGUAGGGGCAUCCCGCCGGCGAUGGGCAACAACUGCGUCGGCCCCAGCGCCGCCGGCCAGAACGGGUUCUUCGCCAACGUCGCCCUCUGGCGACCCAGGCCCGCCGACGCGGCUCCCCCCGCCCUCCCGCCGCCCUCCUCCGCGCCGUCCGACCAGGCGCCCGAGCCCGUCACAAUCCCCCCAUCGGAGCACUCCUCCCACCACUCCUCCCGCUCCACCGACCCGUCGACCCCCACCUCCGCCGCGGAGCAGCCGGCGAACAAGGCGGCGCCCAAGGUCAAGCGCGUCCAGAGCGCCGGGCUGCUCGCCGAUUCCGUCCUCAAGCGCGACGUCAACACCGCCCGCCUCAAGGAUCUAUACACGAUCGGGAAGAAGCUAGGGCAGGGGCAGUUCGGCACCACCUACCUCUGCGUCGAGAAGGCCACAGGUCGGGAGUUCGCCUGCAAGUCCAUCGCCAAGAGGAAGCUGCUCACGCAGGAGGACGUCGAGGACGUGCGCCGCGAGAUCCAGAUCAUGCACCACCUCGCGGGCCACGCCAACGUCGUCUCCAUCGUCGGGGCCUACGAGGACGCCGUCGCGGUGCAGCUCGUCAUGGAGCUCUGCGCCGGCGGGGAGCUGUUCGACAGGAUCAUCCAGAGGGGGCAUUACUCCGAGAAGGCCGCGGCGCAGCUCGCGCGGGUGAUCGUCGGCGUCAUCGAGGCGUGCCACUCCCUCGGCGUGAUGCACAGGGAUCUCAAGCCGGAGAAUUUCCUCUUCAUCCACCAGAAGGAGGAUUCGCCUCUCAAGGCCAUCGAUUUCGGCCUCUCCAUCUUCUUCAAGCCAGGUGAGACAUUUACGGAUGUUGUUGGAAGCCCGUACUAUGUUGCACCUGAGGUUCUUAUGAAACAUUAUGGUCGUGAGGUUGACGUCUGGAGUGCUGGUGUGAUAAUCUACAUUUUGUUGAGUGGGGUUCCUCCAUUUUGGGAUGAAAGUGAGCAAGGGAUAUUUGAACAAGUUUUGAAAGGUGAUCUGGACUUCUCAUCUGAGCCUUGGCCUAAUAUCUCAGAGAGCGCAAAGGAUUUGGUCAGAAAAAUGCUUAUUCGUGAUCCAAAAAAGAGAUUGACUGCCCAUGAAGCCCUAUGUCAUCCUUGGGUCUGUGUUGAUGGAGUUGCUCCUGACAAGCCUCUUGAUUCCGCUGUCUUGAGUCGGUUAAAACAAUUUUCUGCAAUGAACAAACUAAAGAAAAUGGCGCUUAGGGUUAUUGCUGAGAGUUUAUCAGAAGAAGAAAUUGCAGGAUUAAAAGAGAUGUUCAAAAUGCUAGACACUGACAACAGCGGUCAUAUUACACUGGAAGAACUAAAAACAGGCUUGCAGAGAGUUGGUGCUAAUUUGAUGGACUCGGAAAUUGAUGCUCUAAUGGAGGCAGCAGAUAUUGACAACAGCGGAACAAUUGAUUAUGGAGAAUUCAUUGCUGCAACUUUGCAUAUAAACAAAGUAGAGAAGGAGGAUAAGCUGUUUGCAGCUUUCUCAUACUUUGAUAAAGAUGGCAGCGGUUACAUUACUCAAGAUGAGCUUCAAAAGGCAUGUGAGGAAUUCGGUAUAGGUGAUACCCGUAUUGAGGAUAUUAUUGGAGACAUUGAUCAGGACAAUGAUGGACGGAUCGACUACAAUGAGUUUGUCGAAAUGAUGCAGAAGGGAAAUAAUGCAAUGGGUAAAAUGGGUCAGCAUAGUACCGGAAACUUUGGCCUCGGGGAAGCGCUAAAACUUCGGUAAAAGGUGCUGCUAAGUGAAGUUGCCAUUUCAGACAAUGGCUAUAACCCAACAUCAGAAUAUCACGAUGUCAAACUACCAUCGCACCGCAAGCUAAGUUUUGGAUCUCUCAAGCAAAGCUACCACAUGCCUGAGCAUCAACAUUUCCUAGGCUUCAAUCUCACAGUUAACUGUCAAUAGACCGAACAAUGCAGCAAUUUUUGACUUGCCUCCAUUAAGUAUGGAGUCCAUCUUUGUAGCCCAUCUUCAUUGGCAAAAUACGCUGUAGCUCAUCUUCUUUGUAUAUGCAUUUGUAAGUAGGGAAAGCACAUGAGAGCAGGCAAGGUUCGUUUCUUGCUGCUCCUUUCCCAACCUGAAGUCUGAAGACCACAGCGACAGGAAGGCAUCAGCGUUCCUGAGUAGAAUUCCAGUUAAUUUGUUACAUUUUAUUCUUCUUGUUUAAUUGGUUAGCAGUUUUAGCUGUUGUCAUGCGUGUAAGAAUAGGCUUUGUACUAUAGGUCUGACCAAUGAAACGAAUCUUCUCCGUUAAUUUUGUCCGGUCUAUUGGUGUAUGUAAGAAGAAUGGAAGAGACCAAAUUAAUUGAUCUUGAUGAUGACGAUUGUUUGAA